AUGUCGACCACCACCAGACCAACCAAGCCAGUAACGAUCUAUCGCAGGGGCAAACCAGCACCAGCAGCAGCAUCACACUCAUCAGAAGACUCCGAAGACUCGGACGAAGAACAGCAACAGCCCAAACAACAGCCGAAACCAUCAACCAGCUUCCCAAUCAUCAACAUACAAUCAAACUCACUACUACCCGACCAGAAACAGAAAAACAAACAACCUGACUCAUCUGAAGAAGAAGAAGAAGAAGAAGAAGAAUCCACAAACGAGAAACGGAAGAGACUCAGUAAGACUCAGUCCAACAAACCUCAAAACCCAGAUGAUCAUCAUCCACCAGGAUCAGAUUCAUCGUCAUCAUCAUCAUCAUCCGGAGACGAAGAAGAAGAAGAAAGCGAUGAAUCAUCAGAGAAGCUAGUACCGAUCUACAAACCCGUAUUCAUCACAAAGCGGAAUCGAGAGACAAUCCCCAGCCAACAAACUCAGACUGAAGCAGACCUGGAAGCUAAAAGAUUAGAAGAAGAAGAGCUGAGGAAGAAAGCCAGUCAGAAAUUAGUUGAAGAAACACUGAUAAGGGAGAUAGCAGAGAAGGAAGCCGAUCAGGUAUUCCCGGAUGUCGAUGAUACCGAUGGACUGGAUCCGGAAGCGGAAUUCGAGGCAUGGAAAUUACGCGAACUGACACGAUUGAGACGCGAUCGAGAAGCGCUAAUCCAACGGGCCAAGGAGAAAGAAGAGCUCGAAGCCAGAAGGAUGAUCCCGGAAUCUGAAAGAUUGAAAGAGGACACCGAGUUCGCAGAACAGACCAGGAAAGCCAAGCCGAAGGGGAAACAAGUCUUCCUACAAAAGUUCCAUCACAAGGGUGCAUUCUACGCCGACUCGGAUAUCCAUAAGAAACACGACUAUACCGCGCCCACCGAGGGCACCUUGACCAAGAUGGAACUCCUACCGGCUGUCAUGCAAGUUCGAGAUUUCGGAAAGAUGAGCAGGACCAAAUGGACACAUUUAGUCAAAGAGGACACGACGUCGUUCGAUGCCGGAUGGAGUAAGAAGAACCCCGGCCGGGCUGAUAAAGCUCAAGAGGGAUGCUUCGGAUGCGGAGAGCGAGGUCACGUGAAGCGCGACUGUCCUCAGAACCAGGGCCAGAAGGCCCCCGGUCAGACUCCCGGCCAGGGAAGCAAUCGGGUCGCCCUCGGGGUCCGCUCCCGGCCGAAUGACGAUCGCCAUUCCAAACGACGCGGAGGGUCUGAUGACGAGGCGCGCGAGAAGGAGUAUCCAUCCAAGCGGAGAGAGGGCGAGAGGCAGCGUACUACUGGAGAUGACCGCGACCGUUCCCGGCGUCGCUACUCGCCCCCCCAAAGGGACCGGGAACGUUCCAGGGAGGAUAGCCGGGCCCGGACCGACCGCGCCCGGCGGGACUACUCUCCCCGACGCGCAGCCAGAGCCCGCGCCGAUCGACGGGAACACUCGCCACCCCGGCAGUCCGACCGGGAGGAGCGCGAUCGAAGAGACUACUCGCCCAUCCGCUCAGCACGAGACCGGGAUUACUCCAGAGACGGGAGAAGACCCGACGACGAUCGUGACCGGUCCAGGAAUGAGAGAGAAUACUCCGGCGCCCGCAGGUGA